UUCUCUGCGAUAAUUAUACAUGAUUCUUCUCAACUUCAACGAGGUAGAGACAGCUAUAUAUUGCAGAGAGGAAGGACACCAAACAACAAUGCCUCACAAGCACAAGCGGCGGCGUAGGGAUGACUCCGAGCACUUCGACCUUCCACCGACGAAAAUCGCAAAGCCUCUCCCAGCAAAAUCCAGAGAUGCAGACAACAAAGAAUCCUCCAACAACAAAAAACGCAAGUCGAAAAAGUCCGCCCAGGACGCCUUCAAGGAUGACACCCCCAAAGCCUUUCUGCGCAUGAUGAACCAGUUCCAAAAAGCUACUUCUGGAACGGGUCCACGCACACGACCAAGUAUAGAAGAUGACGGAACAAAGCCCAGCAAAAAGCGGAGAAGGGGAGAACAGGAAGGCGGCUCGAGUAUUGCCAAGGAAACGGGGAUGACAUCGAAGGGGGUGGGCAAUAGUACAAAAUCCAACUCUGUACCACAGCCUCCAGUUCCUCCCCCGCCACUCUCGACUAUCCCUAAAAUCCUCCCCGGCGAACGCAUGGCCGAUUUCUCCGCGCGAGUCAACCAAGCCCUCCCCCUCUCCGGCAUCUCGAGGAAAUCGGGCUCAUCAAGCAUAAGCAAAGAUCCCGCGCUAAAGAACCUGCGAGAACAUAGACAGACGAAACACGAGAGGCGGCUUCUACGGCUACAGCGGGGAUGGAGGGAGGAGGAAGCGCGGAUUAGAGAGCGGGAAGAGGCUGAGCGUGAAGAAAGGGAGGCGGAGGAGGAAGAGGUCAAUGAGCAGUGGAAGGCGUGGGAGGCCGAAGCUGGAUUGACGAAGAAAACGAAGACUUCUAAGAAUAAGAAGAAAAAGAAGAAAAAGAAGAGUGGGAAAAGCAGUGGUGCAUCGGGUGGCGAUGGCAGUGAUGCUAACGCCGUCACCGACAAUGACGAUGACGAUGAUCCGUGGGCUAAGCUUAAUCGCAAAGCGAAGGCUAUGCAACCUGCUAACCCACUUGAGGUUGUGCAAGCGCCUCCUGAGCAGUUGACGAAGCCGAAGGAGAAGUUCAAGGUGAGAGGGAUGGGUGGUGCAAGGGUCAAUGUUGCCAAUGUUCCUUCAGCAGCGGGGAGUUUGCGGGCCAGGGAGGAGCUGGCAGAGCAGAGGCAGAGUAUUGUAGAUGAGUAUAGGAGGAUCAUGGCAGAGAAGAGAAGAGGAUAGAAAUACCUUUUUGUUUCACGCACUGGUAUUGUGUGGUCAUUUGUUAAAUUUAAUGGGCUAUGCCAAACCACAUUGUUAUUGAUUAGAACAUGGCUGGCUUCAUUGCCAGCGGCAGAUUUUGCAAAACCUUGAACAGUCAGGGUUGUAAUAUUGCAUAUUUAUAUGCACGUGAAAGAUUUUCUAUAUAGAAGAAACGCCUUGAAAUGCGAAAACAGAGCUAACUUUUUUAAAAUACUAUUGGAAUCUCCAUCCCCUGAGAUCCGAAUAUACAUAGGUAUCACAAGCGACAAAUGUAGAAAGAAAAGAUCAAGUUCAACUCAUCAACUCUCACCACUAUAUGCCCAUCCAACCCCAA